AUGGCAGACUCUGUGUCUUCCCCAGCAAAGCCCGUCCACACAAUUGUGUUGGAUGCCGGCCCAAUCCUCAAAAAUACCCCGCCGCUUUCUACCCUACUCAACCAGUGCGACGAGAUCAUCACCACCCCGUCCGUGGUGAGUGAGAUUCGUGAUCCCGAUGCUCGUCUCCGAGUCGAAACUCUGUACCUGCCUUUUUUGAAGCAGCGAUCGCCCACACCUGCUAGCUUCAAUAUCAUCAGCGAAUUCGCCCGCAAGACUGGUGACCGGUCUGUCCUCAGUCGCACUGAUAUUGAAGUGCUGGCUCUUGCCUAUGAGAUUGAAUGCGAGCGAAAUGGAGGUGACUGGCGCUUGCGUAGUGUUCCUGGACAGAAGCGUAUCAAUGGAAAGCCGCCCGUGGCUGAGGAGCAGAAAGCUCAGGAGACCGAGUCUAGUGGAGUGGACGCUGUUACUGAGGGUCUUGAGACGGCUACUCUAUCAGAGAUUGAAGAAAAGCCUGUGCAAGAAGAACCAGUCACUGAACUUCCCACUGAAGAGGCGGUGACUGAGGAUGCCCCCGAAGAGAACCUCGAAGAGAAGGAAGAGGAAGAGGAGGAGGACGUGGAUUUGGAUGACGCAGCCGCCGAAUCUGACUCUGAUGGCGGUGAAUGGAUCACACCAACCAACUACAAGAAGCGGCUGGCCCGUGAUGAGGCAGAUGGUGCUGGAGCCACCGAGCUCAAGACGAUGCAGGUCGCAGCCAUGACCACCGAUUUCGCGUGUCAAAACGUCCUUUUGCAGAUGAACCUUAACUUGCUAUCGACUUCCACCCUGCAAAGAAUCCAGCAUCUCAAGUCCUUCAUUAAGCGCUGCCAUGCCUGUUUCCUCACUACCAAGGAAAUGUCAAAGCAGUUCUGCCCUCGCUGCGGUGGAGAUACUCUCACUCGGGUGGCAUGCACCACCACCGCCAACGGCACUUUCACCAUGCACUUGAAGAAGAACAUGCAAUGGAACAACCGUGGAAACCGCUACAGCGUUCCCAAGCCUAUCCACGGAAGUGCUAACGGAAAGUGGAAGGGUGGCGGUGGAAAGAACGGCUGGGGCACAGAGCUCAUUCUGGCCGAAGAUCAGAAGGAAUAUGUCCGAUCCACAACGGAAGAGGAGCGCCGUCAGCGUCGGGAGCGUGAUCUUAUGGAUCAGGACUACUUGCCAGGCAUCUUGACUGGUGAGCGUAACAAGCUAGGUGGCCGCGUGAAGGUUGGCGCCGGCCGGAACAUCAACUCGCGGAAGCGUUGA